UAAAGUGUUCCAAGGACUUGAUUUCAUAUAUAGAUCUCGUAUUAAUUAAUGGAGACUUGUGAAGCAGUUGGACCCAGUUUGAAUUACAUGUCAGAUGGCAGGAAGAAGGGAGGCUAUAGAGCAGCUAGCUUCGUCUUUGCCAUGGCGACACUGGACAACUCGGGAUUUAUCGCCAACAUGGUGAGCUUAGUGAUGUACUUCAUGACCGUAUUACACUUUGAUCUCUCUGGUUCUUCAAACACUCUCACCAACUUCAUGGGCUCAACUUUCAUGGUCACGGUUCUUGGAGGAUUCAUCUCAGACACGUACCUCACGAGGCUCAACACCGUACUUCUAUUUGGCGUCUUGGAGAUACUGGGAUACAUACUUAUAACAAUCCAAGCUUACAAGAAGAGUUUACGGCCGGACAUGAAUUGUUUGACGUGCCACCUGGAGGGCCGGAACGCUCACAUGUUCUAUGCCUCGUUGUCUUUGCUAGCAUUGGGCUAUGGAGGUAUGAGAGGUUCUCUCCCUGCCUUGGGAGCAGAGCAAUUCGAUAAGAAGCAUCCAAAAGAAAGGGAACAACUGGCCAGCUUCUUCAACUGGCUCUUGUUCAGCACCACACUCGGUGGAUCCAUUGGUGUCACUGUCCUCGUCUGGGUUAGCUCCGAAAAGAGUUGGUCUUUGGGUUUCAUGCUUGACCUGCUGCUUUCUUUGCUCGGCUUCGCCUUCCUUGUGGCUGGUACUCGCUUCUAUCGUCUUCGUCCACCUGGCAAUAGCCCUCUAAACAGUGUCUCUCAGGUUAUCAGGGUCGCCAUUCGAAACAGGAAGUUAACAUUGCCUAAAAGCUCUGAUGAAUUGUACUACGAGACCAUUGAUGAUGAUGAUGAUGAUGAUGAUGAUGCAGAGAAAAUCCAACUCCAACACACAGACCAGUUUAGAUGGCUGGACAAAGCUGCGAUAUUGCAACCACAAGAAUCAGAUAAGCCUCUAACAGCAGAAAAAGCAGAGAAGGUUUGUUCGGUGACCCAAGUGGAAGAGGUGAAAAUCCUGAUUAGAAUGCUGCCCAUCCUGGGCAGCACCAUCCUGAUGAACACGUGCUUGGCUCAACUUCAGACCUUUUCAAUCCAGCAGGGCUACAUCAUGAACCUAUACCUGGGCAACUUCCGCAUCCCACCAUCCUCAAUCCCAGUCAUCCCUCUUCUCUUCAUGGCCAUCCUCAUUCCGACCUACGAGUUCAUCUUCGUUCCCUUUGUCCGGCGUUUCACAGGCCAUCCUUCGGGCAUCACCCAUCUUCAGAGAGUGGGUGUUGGGCUGGUCCUCUCCGCCAUCUCCAUGGCGGUGGCCGGCCUCGUGGAAGUGAAGCGCAAGAACGCCUUCAACAAAGAACACAAACAACUGAGCGUCUUCUGGCUGUCAUACCAGUAUGGAAUAUUCGGGAUAGCUGACAUGUUUACGCUCGUGGGCCUCCUGGAGUUCUUCUACAGCGAGGCACCGGUGGGCAUGAGGUCACUCUCGACUUCCUUCACCUUCCUAUCCCUCUCCUUUGGCUACUUCUUGAGCACAGUCUUCGUGGAUGUCAUCAACUCCGUCACCAGCAGCUUGAGCUCAAACAAACAAGGCUGGCUGGUUGGCCUUGACCUUAACAGCAAUCACUUGGAACGUUUCUAUUGGUUCUUGUCCAUUUUGAGCUGCCUUAACUUUGUCAUCUACCUCCUCUGUGCCACAUGGUACAAAUACCGCAAAGAGGCUGCUCCCGCUCCUGCCAUGACUAACACCAAGACCACAAAGACCGAUGCCUCCUCCUCGGUAGAACACAUGAACGAUGAUCAGAUCAAUGAGAGCAGCAGCAGCAGCAGCAGCAGCAGCUCCAGCUGCGGAGAACGACAGGUCCAGGUGUGGUGAAAAUACGGAGCUAAUCAAGGUGACAGAGGAGACCAGGAAACCGGUGGCACAGUACUCUGUUGAUAAUACUGAUGAGGUGAAGGUGGAAGAGGACUACCCCGGGUGUGGUAAUGACAUUGAACAAGUUGAACUGAUAAAAAGAAGGUGUUGAUGAUCAUCAAAACUUAUGUGUAAAUGGUAUAAGCAACCCUUCCAACAUUUCCCAUUUUUGAUGAUAAGUCUGCAGGCCAGUGAGAUGAGACCUGAAGAUUCAGAUAUAUAUAUAUAUCCAGAUAUGUGUUUAAGAUGUAACCAUACAUAGUAAGAAAUGAAGUUUAUUCACAACUUCAAUUAAAAAGGAGCCGGUUGUGUCGUUGAGGUUAAUCUCAUGGCAGCAAACCUGCUUGUUUCUCAUUUUUCAGAGUAA